UCAACUGGAAAGGAACUACAGUAACAGCAGUGACAUUAGUAGCAUCAGCAGCAAUAAGAGCACCAACAGGCAACCAGUGAAUGAAUUAACUGAGCAAUCUGUUUAUCUGUAUACUUAAUCAGAGUUGCACCAACUGUGUCGAUGCCAGAAGUGGUCGUCUUAAUGCUACAUCGUGCGGAUACGUUCCUGGAUCGUCGUGUCGUAAUAUCACAGAGCACUGGCGAACCACUUGUUCCCUCAUGCUCUUCCGAUCGUGAGGGUUUCCGGGAGAGCCUAUCCCAACCAAGCCGAUACGGAGAAUCCAGCGUCGUCUUAUAUUCAUACCUAUUCUCUCUUCCUCUCCCGCUGUCGCUGGAGUAUGGCGUUCUUGGAUUGCGAUUGGAGAGACUCAAGGAUACGCAUCGUAAAAGGAUCUAUACAGCGACUCUCAAAGGAGCCAUGAACGUUACUAGCAAUCACCGCAGCUUCGUGGCUUUUUGCAAGUUCGCUUAUUGCGCAUCGGUUUGUACGAGGACCGAGACUACCUGGGAGCGCUUGAGGAGCACGUCCCCCGAGACUCCCCCGAUCAAAAUCACUCGCCUAACCUCUCCCCUGUCCUCCUUGCCCUCCUCCACGCCCUUCCCCUCCGCGAACGUCGAGAAGGUCUCCAAUCGAAGCCACAAGAUCCGCAAUCACGCAAUGGACGGCAUGGACAACAAGCCGGUGCUGAACGAUGAUCCCUCGGUCACCCUGACCAUCCGCCUGAUUAUGCAGGGCAAAGAAGUCGGUAGUAUUAUUGGAAAAAAAGGAGAGAUCGUCAAGAGGUUCCGUGAAGAGUCCGGCGCGAAAAUCAAUAUCUCCGAUGGUUCCUGCCCGGAACGGAUAGUGACUGUUACCGGGCCGACGAACUCGAUCUUCAAAGCGUUCACGCUGAUAUGUAAGAAGUUCGAGGAGUGGUGCUCCCAGUUCCACGACAUUCAGGGUGGCGGUGCAGGAGGCGGCGGUGGUGUAUCGAGGCCGCCCAUCACACUCAGACUGAUCGUUCCCGCUUCGCAAUGCGGCUCCCUGAUCGGCAAGGGUGGCUCCAAGAUCAAAGAAAUUCGAGAGGUCACCGGUGCCUCCAUUCAAGUCGCUUCCGAGAUGCUGCCUAACUCGACGGAACGUGCAGUAACCAUAUCCGGUACCAGCGAAGCGAUCACGCAAUGCAUAUAUCAUAUUUGCUGCGUUAUGCUAGAGUCCCCUCCCAAAGGUGCCACGAUCCCUUAUCGCCCCAAACCCCAAGUCGGUGGGCCAGUGAUCCUGGCUGGUGGGCAAGCCUACACCAUCCAGGGUAAUUACGCGGUGCCCGCCCACUCGGACGUAAGUACAGUAUUACCAUUGCCCGCGCCCGCUGCCGGGCCCACCCCGCCCUCGCUGAACCCCCAAACUUUGACGACCUCGCCCUUCGCGGCCCACCCCUCGUCCUCGGCCUUCGCCGCUUCUCACGGGCACCCGCUCCUAUCCACGGCCCAUCUUACGACCCCACAUCAUCCUCUCCACCCGAGCCCCUUACACGCCAGCGUGGCAGGCCUCGCCGACCCCCUGCUGAAGAGUGGACACUUGCAGGCAGCCCUCCCGCCCGCACACCUCGUGGCAGACGCCAUGGGCAAGCUGGGCAGCAAUCCUUUGGCUGGUCUAGCAGCCUUAGGCCUCGGAGGUCUCGCUACACCGGCGAACACGGGUGGUCUUAAUCCAGCAGCGUUAGCCGCAUUGGCUGGAAGCCAGCUGCGCACGAGCAACACGAACAGACAGCAACCGGCGGCGAACAAUCAGACGCAUGAGAUGACCGUGCCAAAUGAGCUGAUCGGUUGCAUCAUCGGGAAGGGCGGUACCAAGAUCGCCGAGAUCCGUCAGAUCUCUGGCGCCAUGAUCCGAAUCAGCAACUGCGAGGAGAGGGAGGGCGGAGCAACGGACCGCACGAUCACCAUAACUGGGAACCCGGACGCCGUGGCGUUGGCACAGUAUCUCAUCAAUAUGAGGAUAUCGAUGGAGACGUCGGGGGUGCCUAUGCCCGCGUAUCACUUCAUCCCACCGGACCACAUUGUGAAAUCGCCCAUCCACUAAAUGUGGAGAGCCGUCGUGGUCGUUGUCGUCGUCGAAAGGACGCGGAAGCAUCGCGGAAGCGCGCGAAGCUGUCAGUGGCAUAUGGGGCUGGGCCACACACUGUGUUCAGCUUGCAAAUCGAUACACUUGCAAAAAGAAACAAGACACACGACAGUGAGAAAGAGACAGAGAGAGAGAAAGAGAGGGAGAGAGAGAGAGAACGAGAAUGAGAGAGCGAGAGAGAAAGAGAGAGAGAAAGAGAUACACACACAAUACGUACUCACGUAGGACACUCGCACGUAUUCAGAAAGGAGUCUACUUGUGCGCGCUUUAAGUAAGACCGUGUACGUUAAAAUUGAACAUAUUCUAAUACGACCAUAGAUAUACGUAAAAAAAAACGCGUACAUGCACAUAUACACGUACAUAUACAUACACACGCGACACCUUGAAUGAGAGUUAAACGUACAUGGGAAAUGAUGAAGAUACGCACGCGCGUACACAGACACACUUGAGUGUACAAAACUGUACAAAAGUUAUUUAAACAAGAGAACAAAAAAAUAAUGAUGCACGCCGCAGCCGCGAGCUGUUGCCGAUUGGUAAAGGGAACAAGCCAAAGAUAUGUUAGUUUUCAUUUUUAUAUUUAAACGAAAAAAAAAAUGAUGACGCGAGACGGGAGAGAAAUACGAGAGAAUUAUUAUUAUUAAUUAUAUUACUACGAACGCGAGAUGAUGCGAAAAUAAUAUUAGGCCGGUUGUUAGCGUUUUUUCUAUUGCGGAUACACCGUCGCGUUGACGGUUUUCGCGACCGGUUCGCGAGCUCGGUUACUUCGACCGGAAGAAAAGCGACAUUGCGCAGCGGAAGUGCAGCUGGUAUCACGAGAUCAUUGCUCGGCAAAUCGGCAGUCGAAGAGCUCGAAGCGAAUACUCUUUUUUUUCUCCUUUUUUUUGACUUUUCGAUCAAAUUUUAUCCAGAUUGACGUGGAAAUUACAAAUUAUAUAUAAAUUAUAUUAUCAUUCUGUUUUUAGCGCGUAAUAGCAAGGAAAUGAAGAAACGCGUUAGUAGCAAGUUUAAGAAACGUCGAUGCCUAUGACACGUUGAAUUGUAACGAGCCUGCUGAAGAUUAAAUCUACUAGAAAGCUCUAUUCGUUCUACUGAGAUUGAAUUGCGUUUUUAAACCUGCAUUUUCUAAAGUAAAACAUGAUAGCCUUCAAAUCGAUUGUAGUACAAUGAUUGAACUUUAUAGAGUUCGAUUGAAUUGCGUUUUUCAAUUUUCCAGUUGAAUUGUGGAUCUGAAUUUUCCAGUAAAACAUAUACUAUGUAGUACAACCGAUUUGAAAGUAGUUAUGUUUUACUGGAAAAUGCAGAUUCGAAAACGCAAUUCAGUCUUACUAGACCGAACUAGAUAGAACUUUCUAGUAGUUUUAAUCGACAUUUCGAAUAAUUUUCAGCAGAAAAUAGAUGGAACUCUAAAUUGGAAUGAAAAUAUUUAAGAGUCCGCUUGGAACUCUUCGACCGAUCAUUUCGAGGUUGCGCGUGUCCUAGUUUCCUAACUAUUAAGACAUUUCGGAAAGUGUCUCCGGGCAACUUGGAGGGAUCCAAAAUUGAAUCUCAUAUAUAGUAAUAUAUAUAUAUAUAUAUCGAUUUCGAUGUCACGCGAUAGCGCAUGUGACCUAUCGACACAUCGGUCGGUGAAGAUGGGACAUGUGUCGAUUACAUGGUCCCUCUUGCCCCACAUAUCUUUCUAGACCACGUAAUCGACCGUGAUCUCUGCCACGUCUCGCGCAUAUUUCGAUCUGUCGUGCCCCAUAUCAUGUCGGUCCUCAAUCGCGUGGUUCCAUCAGCGCUUCCGCGGCCAAUUUUCGUGGCCGCGAGGUCGAUUCACGUGCCUCGCGGUCAACGGCCGGAAAUAACCAAGAUCGCGAUCGACGUGAUCGCGAUUAACUGUCUCGCGCGCGCGGGAACGCCGAGGGAAAGUAAAGUAAUUAAUCGCGCGCGGUGAAAAAUUUUACGUAGUUGCGUAGCUUUUGCAUGUGAAUCUUGGAUUCCAAAAUUGUCGGUGAAAGCUUUUCUUUUUUUUUUUCUAACAGGGGGGAAAAGUGUAAGAAAGAGAGAAAAGUGAGGAAAAAAGUUAAAAAAAAAAAACGACUGCGGACGCGUUCGCACCGUCGAUCGCUCGGCGCCCGUUCGGGAAGCGCGGAGGGAACGAGCGGAUUUUGCGCGUCUUAAGUGCACCCUCGGCCUCGUCCUCGACGUCCUCGACCCCUUGGGCCGUCUUCGACGCCCGUGCGACGCGUCGGCGCCGGGGGGCGAUGCCGAGCGCGCUCUUCUGUUGAAGGAACAAAUGAAAUUAUUACGUGGAAUAUAUAUAAAUAAUGAUAUAUAUUAUAUAUAUAUACACAUAAUAUAUAUAUUUAUUAUACGCGAUAAAGAUAAUUAGAGAAGAGGUAAAUAGCGAUGAAAAGGUGCGAGCUCAAGCCCAGACUCGACCAGACUCGAGGCGUCCUUUCCUUUCUUCAUCAUCCACUUCGAAAGCCUCCCAUUGACGGUCUUAACCACCCUCCCCAUAUCGGAAUUUGAUCCCACACUUGCGGUUUGAUUUUAACGAAUCGUAAGGACCGCUCCACAAUGACGAAUGUCUUUUAAACAAUUUUUAACAUACGUUCUCUUCUUUCUUACGUAUGUUUCUUCAUUACUUAAUCUUUAUCGACUCUUCGUUCGCGUGUUAUUUUAUAAUCGUUACGAUAUCGAUAUUUAAUAAAAUUAUUACUUCACUCGGAAGAAAAAUGCGCGCGCGUGCGCGCGCAGCAUUGUGCAACGUCCUUUUGAGAUUGUUUUAUUCUAUUAAACUUUAUUUAUGUACUAGUCUGUACACAAAUUGCGAAAUAAUCAAUAUUUCGAGAUUUCUUGUUGGAUAUUUUAUAUUGUGUCUAGUUGUGUCUCGAUCUUUAUUAAGAGAUAAAUUAAAUUGAAGAAAUUUAUUAUUGAAAAAAAGGGGCUUAAGAGAAUUGCUGAAAAUAUAUAAUAGCUAUGUAACUAGUUUCCGAAUUCCGUUGUAAGAUCAAGUUUACGCCAAUGUAAUUGGCUGUGGCGCGGACGAUUUACACCUUGCGAUGUAUCCCGUAACCGAUAACUUCCAUUAUGUGCCAAACGUAAAUUAAAAUUUGCAAAAAAAAAAAGAAGGGAAAACAUUUGUUAGAGAAUGUUAGUCUGUGCUUCCGGUGUCAGCUCAAUUAAUAAUCGGUGGUCUUCGCGCGUACGUAUCACGCACUUUUUAUAUAUCUUAUCCGAUUUGUACUCGCAUAUAAAAUUGUUCUUAAUUUUAAUGUGUAAAUUAAUCCUUCCAAAAAAGAAAAAAACAAAAAUAACGUUGAUAGUUGUAUCGAUUCUAAUUUAUGUUUGUGUAUAACUGAACAAUAUUGUGGAGUCAGUUUUGUGAUAUAUUUUUUUGUCUCUUUUUGUUUUUAUUGAAAAUAUUUUGCGGUGCUCGCUUCCUUUCGAUGCGCAUUGUAAAUAUGUUUUUCACGUUGUACAUAUUUAUUAAUCUCGAAGCAUAUCUCCCUUGUUUAUAUGAUGAAUUUUUAGUCGGAAAUGAUAUCAGCAUCUCGCAUCGACAUCUGCGAUUUCAUCUUAUUUAUUACAUCAACGUAUCUUCUCAUUUUGAUCGCAACACGCGCUUCACCAUUUCGUUUACCGAAUGAAUAAGUUGUGAACGGCUCUUCUUCGUGUAAAACACGAGAAAAUUUACUCAAUAUUCAGUUGUAUCGUUAAACGUGAGAUUCAUAAUGAUAUAACAAAUGUAUAGUCUAUUUCUUUAAGAAAAAUUUUAAUCUAAUAUAUCGUAAUUUUUUUAUGGAUCCAUGUAAUCUAUAUGUUAAUUUCACAAUUAUAAGCUUUAUUAUUGCAUGAGGGUUUAUUCAAGUUAAUGAAUAUCUUAAACUCUUUUUUUAUAUAUACAGUAGAAAUUUGUUUUGUUAGAAUCUUUUGUUAGUAAUUAAGAUCUUAAUCAGAUUUUCGUUAAAAGAUGUAGUCAUUCGACUACAUUUUAUGACACAAUCUGUAUAUAUUUUGUGAGAAAAAAGAUUCCAUAUGGAUCCAUUGCGUUUCUGUUUUUUAUUUUAAUUCGCCGGACGAACUACUUUAGUUUGUAAUUGGUACGAUCGACCGCGAGAGUCUUUUGACUCAUUUAAAUUAGGUUUGAGAAAUUUAAUCUUGUUAUUUAUAAUUAUUUAUACGCAUACUAUUGUGGAAAAUCAUUUUUGUUAUUAUACAAAGAAGAAAAAGAAAACAAAGCAAAGGUAUUUCUCUCUUUUCUCAUCGCGGCAACAAGGCACUCCUCUCACAUCUCCUCCUCUUCACCCUCGCUAAAGCCCUUGCUCCCCCCAUUCUCCACCGAUAGGUAGACAAUGAUGGCGUACAGUAGUAAUUAUAUAAGGGAAAAAAACGGCAAAACAUGAGACGAGCAACGGCAUCGAGCGACAAGUAGUCUCUGCUAAAAGUCGAUAAAAAAAAAAGAUGAAAAUAACAAUUAGUGAGAGACGCUGUAUGAUUGUGUAUAUCAACAAUAAAUAAUUGCUGUGAUUAGAAACGAUUAUAUUAGUAAGUAGUUAAGGAUCAAUUUUUAAGGCACUUCGCGGAGAGAGAGAGGGAGAGAAAGAGAGAGAGAGAAAGAGAGAAGAAGUACUUAUUGAUAUGUGGUAGAGAAAGAGAUGGGAAAAGGAAGAAAGAGCGCGUGUGAGUGUACAUAUGAUCGUUUACGAGCGCGAGAGAGAGAAAGAGAGACAAAGAGAGAGAGAAAGAGAAAGACGCGACAAGAGGAUAGGGGAGAUUUUUAGGACCCACUUUAUAAGCGACUGAAUUAUGUACGUGCGCGCGUGCGUAUAACCCUGUCUUCGAAUCGUCGACAGAGGUAUUAUUCGUAUACAAUCUCGCUAGGAGUGUGGAGAUCCUUAAAUCAUUCUCUGAUAUUCAAAUCAGCUUGAGAGAGAAAGAAAAUAAAAAAGAGACUAGACCAUUAAACGGAAAAAGCGGAAGACGAUUGCUGCGCGCAUUUACGUAAAGAUAAAUCACGAUCUCUUCCCACUCGAACUCUGUGUCUCUUGAUAAAUCCUUUCAGUACCGAAUCAGAUGUAUAAAAUUCGAUCUAUCUUUUUUAUUCCAUUUUAGCCACUUUUAGAACUUGGAAGAAUAUUUUAUAUUUAUAAACGUGUAUUACACUCUACGUAGGUUAAAGAUAUUAUUAUUUAGUAUCCACGUGCGGAAAUGUCGCUGCUAAAAGAAAAAGCUGAUGCCAUUUGGGUACUGGAAGGGUCAGGAAUGCAGAAUUGCACAGAGAUAUCGUUUCGAAACGAGCGUUGAAGUGAGCGAGAGGUGAGAAAGGGAACCCUCACGCUUGCUGACCUUUCCAAGUGCGUCGAGAGGGAAGAACCACGUUUCUUAUUCGCGCACAAAAAUCACGGCAGUAAAAUGGCGACCACCAGCUACACGUUUAGAUUACCCUCCAUAGGCUUCGAAUGCGUCUCCACCAAGUAACGUGACGUAUACUUUCCCCCUUUAAACGAUAAUUUCAAAACUUAAAUAUCGCUACGGACCACGUCGACCUACUCUUAACGAACGUACAAUUGAAAGUGAUAAGACAGAGACAUUCUAAUUUUUAUUAUUAAUCUUACUUCGUGGAAAUAGUAAUGGAAGAUUACGUUCAUUCGUUUUUUUUAAGAAAAAAAAAACAGAAAAGCCCCUGCGCGUGACGUUCGUAUCCAAAACGCGUGCUCGCAAAAAGUAGAGGAAAAAGUCAAGAUACAUUCAGACUGUCUACAUAUUGUCUCAUUAUUGUUUCCCACGUAAACAUGCUGUAAUCUUCUAAACUCUGAAGUGGGUGUGUUAGAAUGAUCUGAAGAUAGUUUCUGAAGUGUUUUACAUUUCCGUGAGCAUAGUAAGUUAUCGAUAACGUUGAAGAACAAUUCUAAUAGUUUACUAUGGUGCAGGCUAAGUGUCAAGAGCAAUAAGUAAUUAGUGAUAUUCCUCGUAAGGAACGUAUACGACACGACAUUUAAAAAAAAAAAAGAAAAAAAUCAAGGAGUUUUGAAUUGGAACGACGUGUGAUAAUUUGUUAAUUAUAAUAAUUAUAAUACGAUAAUUACGAAGCUCUGUGCGGUAACGACGAGUGAAUGGGAUCAAAGGUUGAGACAGAACGGGACAGAAGCUUCGAACCGUUUCCUGCGCUUUUAAUUAUGUAAAGACGGAAAUAACUAAUUUUCCGCUUAUUGGGAAAGUAACUGAAGAAGGUUGGCUUGCAAUCGAUCGGAGAGCAUUGUCUUAAUUGAAAAUCCCAUUCAUUCGUCAAAUUGGCUCACCUGGCGUUAUUAUACGUAAUUAAAGGACGGCGCAGCUCGAAGAUGCUUAAUUGAGAGUCGUUUGGGAGCCAAGGAACUAGUAGCAGCACAGACGAGAGAAGAGCCUAGGAUUGAUUUCGGUAAAAUUUCCAACCGUUUAGUUGCCGCGCUAACUCACUAACUGCGUUGAGAUUUUAAUAUUAGCAAGGAUUUGUAGGGAAGACUUUGCCUUAUUUCACUGAGAUUCAAUUCUAUGCCCGAUAUGUACAGUAACCUGUGGGCUUGAACAUUAUCGAGAACGAUUACAAUCCCUCGUAAAAGACGAGCUUCUUUCAAGAGUUUGGAUCCCUGAUACGGGGGGGAUCGGGUACUCGUAAGAAUGUGCGAAACUUCCAUCAUCUGCUGCGCUAGCGCGCAAGCGGCCGGUUAAGGCAAUUCUGUUGUAGCUGAUGGUUUUCUCGUUACCGCUUCCACUCCACUCACACACACACACACACACACACUCUCUCACCAUCUGAAAAUGUCCUUUUGUCGCACUGACAUAUUCCAGAAGCAUAUCCAAUGACACAUAUGACUAGGCUACGAAUAAUUAAUAUCUCUUUUGCUCCGGUAAGCUAGCCUGUAUUUAUCCGGCGUGUAUCGUCAUUCAGAAAUCGAUUAAUUGUACAUUUCGGAGCACCUAUAUAGGCACUUCGAUUCAAUCGACUCUCUGUAGCUUCUAGUGAUCGUUAAGAUAUCGUCUAUUCGCGUGUUGGGAAGAAAAAAAAACAUUUUGGGAAAGAGAGAGGUAUCUACGCAGGAAUAAUCUAAGAACGAUCAACGAGGAUUAGGACACGUUUUAGAUUAUAAUCCCUUCCCCCCAAAAGAUCUGUUGCACCAACAAUAGUUAGCACUAACCGCAGUUAACGAUAUAAUGCUUUCUGUAUUAUAGAUAGGAAUGUGUUCUCUCGCCAGAAACGAGACGUAUCUAAAAUGUUAGUUAGUCAGAGCUAUCUGUGCUGUUGGCUAAAAAGAGUCAUUUGUAUUGUAUGUAAGAAAGCUUGCGUUUAUACAACGGUUAGACCUAACUUCGGAGCAACUGACGCUGACCAAUAUUUCAACGAGGACGCGGUUAUUUUCGCGCACGUAUCGGAAUUGCGUGAGCGAGAAGUACGGAAAGAGAGAGAGAGAGAGAAGGAAGUAACGCGAUCGUUGAUAAGUCCCGGGUACGUACGCUCCUUCCCCCUCAUUGCGUUAAAGGUGCAUAUACGAGCGAGCAAAAAAACGGGGGAAAAAAACAAAAAAAAUGAUCAACGGUAAAAUGCCAAUCUCAGAGGAAGAGAGAGAAAGAGCGGGCACGGGAAACCCGACUCGCACCCUUCGGACACGAUGGUGUUAAGGAAGAACGGGGGAAAAAAAAGUAAAGCGGGCGUACGAGAAAGAGAGAGAAAGAGAGCAAAUGUCAGCAUUCAUUGCGAUCAUAUCGUUGUGGCGUAGAGCAAUCUGUUAGUGCAGGGGCCUUAUCCUUAUUGCGUGGGUCCUACCGAGGAUUGUCGCGAUCGCAAUUGCGCGCACGGGCCGUGCGUUUCGCUGAAGAUUUAAGCCAGAUUUUGUAUAAGAUACAAGUACAAAUCGGUGGAAGGUAUCUGCUUUUACAUGAUUUUCAAGGUGCGUUUCUCGUACGAAGGCGCCUUUCGGCUUUCGGAACAAACGGCUCGUGUCCUACACGAGGAGAUUCGAGUUACGUACGUACGACGUCUCGCGAGCCAUCGCGAGCUCGGGAGGGAUGGAAUGCAUUCGCGCCCCUCGAAUAUUCGGAGCAUUCUGGAGAGCCACGCAAUUCUGCGGUGCUUCAGGAACGAACCAUCCGCGGCAAUUCUCGCCAGGGACCUAACAUUACCGUAACGCAAGGCAAUCAGCUAAGAAAUAAACUUAGUUUUUAUAGAAUAUUGAAUCGCGCCCCACCUCCGGCGGGGCGUGAAAUUUUAAGGGCGAAGCCUUUAAUCCUCACGAAAGGAGAAAAAGGAAGAAAAGAAAAAAAAAAUUUAGUGCGAUCGGGCGAUUGUUCGCGCGACCCGCGACCUCUCGACGCCGUGUUGUCGACGCGCGAUUAGAGGGCGAAUCAGACGACAAACGGAUUAUUCUGAUCAACUAGUGUAAUGUUAAAAUAUGCUGCAGCUUUUUGAAAUUGUAAUGUCGCCGAAUAUACGUGUGUGUGCGUGCUACAUCGGAAGAGAAAAUUUCGCGCGAGAGCAAGGGACUAUAUUAGCAUAGCAAUUGGCACGUAAAAUGCGCAAAAAUGUGCGUUAAAAAAACAAUCGACGGGACAAGCGACGCUGUGAUUGCAGCGCUAUAUAUUCGCUGUUAUUCAAUUCAGUGGGACGACGGUGUUCUAUUCUAUGGGUAGCAAUGCCGAAAGAAUAAAUGAUCCCUUUUUAUCAGUUGCCCUUUGAACAGUCAAUUGCUAUUCGCUGCUUGAAAGUAAAAUUAGAGAAUAUGCGAUUGCCAUUUAUGAUAAUCAACGUAUUCAACGUUCUACAGUGUAAUCGGGGAAGCUGUGUUCGACGCUUCGAUCUUAGACAGCGGUCUGUCGUCUAAUCAGUCCUGGUAUCGCGUAGGGCGUAGAGCUUUUUCCCUCGAUAAAUUAAUAAGGCGAAUUAAAAAUCGAGCGCGCACGUAGAGAAUAGGGUCGACGUAACGAGGAGCGAAGGCUGGUGUCGACCAAGAAGGAGCCAAGAAGGUCCACCACUCGAUUUGCGAUUUAGGUGCCAAAAAUCGAUUGUGAAAACUCAUCGUCGAGCGGCUCAACUUUGUGUGCCAAGCUGACAUAAAUUGCGAGCGGUAUAACGCGUGUGCCAAAUCGCCGUUAUUAAUCACUACUGUGAUUCGCGAACGUGCGAGUAGCGAAUCUCCCCUGACGGACUCCACGUUAACGUCCUCGACGAGAUGCGCUCGUUUGCACUCCCAAAAAGUCUCUUUUUUCAACGCCCUCUCAUAUGUCUUCUCGUUAAUGCCUUAGUUUAUUUAGCUGCGGGCAUACUUUGCACUAAAUGACGAUAAGUUGGAAGGGUUUCAACUUAUGGAAGACGAUCGCGACGAAAACAAUUAAACUACGUUUUAGACAAUCACGAGAUAUUAGUGGUAUUUUUAUAAACGUCAUCUGUUUUUUAUUAUCGAUAUCUUAGAAAAUUGCAAUGACUGAAUUCCUAAUGUGAGGCGUGUAAGUGUUAGAACAAAUAUUUCUUCUCGCUAUUCUCCACAUAUUCUUUCAAUUCAUUCUCGAUUUGUAAAUCCUGUAAACAAAACUAUGAUGCAGAAAAUUUAUAAAUUAUUAAUGCAAAUAUAUUUCAUUGCUAUUCAAUGCAUACUGUUUGAAAUUAUUUAGUAAUAGUUUGUAAUUUUUUCGACUAGUAUUAUUACAUCUGCACUCACCGCAGAAGAAAAAAAAAAUUAGCGGAAAUCUCGUCGAAUCGAAAACGUCAGGAUGGGAGUAACAAGCGAAUUGCAUUUUUUUCUUGGCAACACUGUCAAAUGUAUGUAAAUUAAUGGUUGCGCCCUUGCCAGAUGCGGCAAUGGGACGCUCGAGUUAUAGAAAAAUACGAUAUUACAAUUUUGCGCGGGAAGCUCUCAGUUUCUGCACUUGCGAUACAUUGAACACAAUGACUCGCGUCGCUUAUCUCACGGAGAUUAAACGGAGUCAUGUUUCGCUCUCCUCUCGUUAGCGUAAUUACCUCCUACCGUGUUUUUCUUCCUACUCUUUUUUUUUCCUCUUUAGCAAUUGAUUGAUUAAACUUGAAACAAUGUGUUGUUCAAUCUGCAAUAGAUUGUUACCGAGACAAAAAAAAGUCUGAUCUAAAAGACAAAAUGAUCGUAAUUAAUAAACUUAUCUUAUAAGAGUGUUCCUUUUUACGAAAACGUAAAUAUCAUAUCAAUUAUCGAUGAGAACAAUAAAUUAGACGUCAUUCUCUGAUGAAAAAAAAAACGUGUUCAUCUAAGAUGUAUUUUCGUAGAAUAUGCGUGUGUCAUGAUUUAACGGUAGAAAACAUUGAGCUAUCUCUUUGAGAGUGCUAAAAAAAAAGGGAAUAUUAAAAACGAGAACGUGCGCGCCAAUUUUGACGAUAGCGAUUUCUAUAUCGCGGUCGCGCGAAGAGGAAGACCGUUAAGCUUCUCCUCCAUUAAGAAAAUGUGGCGACACACUAUUGCGGAUUGUUGCGACUCGAUCUUAUCGUUAAAGUCUCCGCAUUAUCUCUUGCGUUGUUCUUCCGUUAGCCUUCCGUUCGCCGUCGAGAAGCGGCAAAGAAAAACAAAGAAAAAAGAAUAUAUACGUAACGAUAGGGGUAAUUCGUGUUCGAGCGUAUCCUCUAUUCUCUUCCCAACGCAGUCGCGUCUUCUCGACCCCUCUUUGUCCCUUCCUCUGUCUUAGAAUCCUAUUUCCUUUAAUCUUCCUCGGCCAGGAAUCGAUUUACGUUAGAAAGCCUUUACGAAAACAGGGUCAUAAAUACUUACGUAUAAUACGAGUAUUUUAAAUUUUUAACGCGAAAGAAAAAUUAAGAAAGAAAGGGAUAAAACAAAACGAGAUGUAGUAGUGCGAUGUAACAGAAAGAGAGAGAGAGAGAGAAAGAGAGAAUAAAAUUUUUUACAAAAAAAAAAAAGAUGUGAGGUGUAAAAUGUCGCGUGUACGAUUUGCGACUGCGUCUUUCAAUGCGUAGAAAUCGUCGCCCUUUGUAAACACGUGUACCACACCGAGGACACGUGUGCGCACAGAGAGCGCAAGAUGUGAUCUCAUAGUCGAGUUCUGCGAACCACUUGAUCCUUUCAGCAUCCCUAACCGGAUACGAUAACUGAGUGUCUCGAAUGUCUUUCUUGAAUUUUACCAUCAUUAAUUUUUAUACAGCACGAAAUUUUUACGCGCGAUAGAAGAUUUCUCUGCUUUUAACGUAUAUACGCGUAGGCUACUUGCUUUGAAAAAUCCAAAUGUGUGACAAUACCACGGCCGACCAAUGCAAGUUAUCACGUGGCUGUUGAAAGGGUUGAGCGAAGGGACAUUCGCUGCAUUCGAUCGCGAUACGGAUGUGAGCCGGUCGUCGCGAGAGAUCGCAGAAUGAAAAUAAAUUGAUAUUACGAGAUGAAUCGCGGAAAGGGGGGGGGGGGGCACAUUGAAAGUACCGAUCGCGAAGAGAUUCGGCCGAGCCGCGUGCGCGCGCUUGGAAACGAAGGGGGAAUGUGCGAAAACAUGUAUCCGCGAUACGCUGUUUCCUCGCGAUCGGUCGCCUCGCACAGCGAAAAGUACAUUUAUUCCAGGGUAAAGUUUUGUAAAAUCGUCUGGUACGCAA